AUGGUGCGACCGUCCUCUUCCAGCUCAGCGUCAGCCUCUGCUGCGCGCAGCGGCGCUGCAAAGAGGAAGCGCAACCUGCCCACAGCCACGAACCCCACCACAAGAGCGUCAGUCGCCGCCAACGUCAAGGGCAAGGGCAAGACAAAAGCGCUCGAGCUUGAUCUUGUUGUUUCAGAUGACGGUGAAGAGGAUGGCGAGCUUGAUCUGGAGUCCGACAGUGGCGACGAUGAUGCCAACGACGACGACGACAACGACAACGAACAGGACGAUUUCCCCGAGAUCGAUCUCGAAGACAGCGACGAUGAUCAAGAUGUGGAAGAUGAAGACGAGCCAGGAGCUCAGGAGGAGGUAGACAGUGACAAUAACAAACAAGCAUCCACACAAGUGCAUGACAUUCAAGUAGAAGAAGACGACUCCUCAGAAGAAGGCUACAACUCUUCCGACAUUGAUAAUUCUGACUUUGACGACGAUGCCGACGAAGGUGAUCUGGCCUACGAUUCGGCUGACGAAGACGAGCGUGCUUCCGCUUUUGCUGCUCGCAGCGACGCUUCGCAGACCAGCAUCGACGAGGAGUUAUCACGUAUGAUGUCGCGCUACUCUUCCAAGCCGGAUGAGCACUCGGGCUCGCUCUCGGCCACCAACAAGCUCGGCAUCCCGCGUUCUCAAGCAGCACAGGCGUUUGAUCUGCGUGUUCGCAACCCAGACGGCUCGGCCAAGGGUGUCUUCAAGCGCAGCGAGAUAACCGGCGAGAUGAAGCGUGUCUACCCCGAGAUCGAUGCAGCCUAUGACUCGGACAGCAGCACAGAGGAUCCAGAAAACAGGAUCGGCAACGUUCCGCUCGAAUGGUACGACGACCUGCCGCACAUUGGCUAUGACAUCAACGGACGCAAGGUGAUGAAGCCAGCCACCAAGGACGAGCUGGACAAGUUCCUCGACACGGUAGACGGCGAUGGCGAGGCAUGGUUCUCUGCGCGUGACAAGUCUACCGGCAAAGACGUUCGGUUGAGCGACGAGGAACUGGCCAUUAUUCGCAAGCUCCAGAACGCCGAGAUCCCAGAUGACGCUUACGACCCGUAUGAAGACUACGUCGAUUGGUUUACCGGCGAAGACAAGGUCAUGCAGACAGCAUUGAGCGGUCGACCGGAACCCAAGUCACGCUUUGUACCCAGUAAAUGGGAGCACAAGAAGGUCAUGAAGAUCGUUCGUGCCAUCCGCGAGGGUCGCAUCGUGCCCGGUGCAGCUGCCAACAAGGACGCCAAACCCAAGUUUUACAACAUCUGGGCUGACGCUCACGAGAACGACACGCGUAGCCCGUGGGCAGUCAUGGCGGCGCCCAAGCUUGCGCUCCCCGGUCACGCCGAGUCGUACAACCCACCGGCAGAGUACCUGUUCAACGAGCAGGAGCAAAAGGAAUGGCAAGAGGCCGAAGCCGAGGACCGCAAGCAAAACUUCCUGCCUACCAAACACGAUUCGUUGCGUCGCGUCGGUGCCUAUCAAAACUUUGUCCAGGAACGCUUCGAGCGAUGCCUGGAUCUGUAUUUGGCGCCUAGGAUGAUGCGCAAGAAGUUGGAUAUUCACAAUCCGGAAAACCUGUUGCCCAAGCUGCCAUCACCGAAGGAGCUCAGGCCGUUCCCCAUCACGACGAGCGUGGUGUAUGUCCAUCCGGACGGCGGGCGCGUGCGCUGUUUGUCGGUCGACCCGACGGGUAAUUGGCUCGUGACGGGUGGCGAUGAUGGACGCGCGAGAUUGUGGGAUGUAGCGAUCGGAAGAUGUACCGCCUCAUGGGAUGUGUGCGAAGGUAUGCCCAAGGCCGAACGUUCCGCCGUACAUUCGAUCGCCUGGUGUCCGACCAAGAACUACUCGCUCUUCACCGCUGUUGUCCACGGUCGGGUCGCCGUGAUCGCACCACCGCAGACGCAGAACUACGCAAAGACAUCAGCCAAUGCCAUAUCUUCGAAAUCGGCCUCUUCCUCCAGCGGUGCUACGGCCACCUCAACCGCAUCGUUCCUCUACGCCACCUCGGCAGCGGCGACCUCGAUGCCCAGCAAACCGGACGCGCGCUCGCCCGUCGCUUGGACUCGUCCUUCGGAAGCGGAACGUCGUACCGGUGUCGCCAUGCAUCUCAACAUCACCUCUCCCUCCGCCGCCAACCUCAAGACGGUGGUCUGGCACAACAAGGGCGACUACUUUGCCACCGUCUGUCCUGACUCGGCUGCGGGCUCGGCGGGUUUGCUCAUCCACCAACUCUCGAAACACCGAUCUCAGUCUCCGUUCCGAAAGGCGUCAAAGGGAUCGUCGAUUCAGAAACUCGUCUUCCACCCGACCAAACCAUGGAUCUUUGUCGCCACCCAACGCUACAUCCGCAUCUACGAUCUUAUGGCGCAGUCGCUCAUCAAGACGCUGCAGUCGGGCUUCAAAUGGAUCUCGACACUCGACGUCCACCCCUCGGGUGAUCAUCUCAUGGUAGGAAGCUACGAUAAGAAACUUGCCUGGUUCGAUCUCGACCUCUCGGCGCGACCGUACAAGGUGUUGAAGUACCACGCUAGGGCGAUCAGGUCGGUUCACUUUAGUACCAGCUGGAACCUCGUCGCUGAUGCAAGUGACGAUGGAACGCUGCAGCUCUUCUACGCCAAGGUUGGUGCCGAUUAUGGAGAGAACCUCACCCUGGUUCCGUUGAAAGUGCUCAGGGGCCACGAGGUCAAGAAUGGCCUUGGCGUGUUGGACGUCAAGUGGCACCCCAAUCAGCCGUGGUUGUUCUCUGCGGGUGCUGACGGUAACGCACUUCUGUGGACAACGUAG